AUGAAAAAGAAACAGAACUAUAAAAACGUGUUACCAAACACAUAUAUACCCGUGCUAUCAAAAAAGGUCCUAUAUAAUGUCCUAACCAGGCUAUCUAAACCCUCGCUCAUCGAGUUUAUUCAUUUAUGGCCAAAACUUAAAAAUACCCAACCUCACAUACCACCAAAAACUAGUUUCACACAACUGGAAUUCAAUGACAAAGUGUCCCGAGAGGCACGAGAGUUUAAGAAAACAAUAAACAAACUUCACAAGAAAAAAAUCAUUGAUAAAAUACUAUUCACUUAUUGGCAUAAAGGAUUAAACCUACUUCAAUUGUCCCAAAUUGACUGUCAAUUGAUUGUAGAUAGACCCAACAGUUAUUAUUGGGGGUAUUCUACCGUGAGAGAUAUGAACGACAAUGAAGUUCCUAUUCUGCUUGAUCCAGUACACUUUCUUGACCAAUUGGCUUUCCAAUUAAGUAAACUAUACUUAUCAUACGUGUAUAUAUGUCGUCAUCCCAAAUUCCCCAUGGUUCUAAUUAGAAUCCAGGCAUUUGACCUACAUACCAAAGAGACAGAAAGCCGGCGUCCUCACAUAUCAUCACAUAAACCCUACUUCUUUGCUAUACCGUUGAAUUCCCCUCAUAUUAUUCAUUCUGGUGGAGGAGACAUGAUUCAUAACAUAGUUAUGGAAGUAGUCGAACGAAGUCUACCACAAGACAAGACAAAUAUUUUAAGGUUAUAUACACCCGAGAAUCAACGACCAAUAAAGUCAUUGGAGUCAAUGCAUAUCCUCAAGGGUAAUUCUCGAUUUGCUAAUAGUUUAGGAAGUUGGAGCGCGUACGCUGAUAAUAUCGUUGACAUGCUUCCUCUUCAACCUACAGAAAAACAUAAACAACUUGCUUCUCCUGAAGAACCAAUCAAUGCCCAGGAAAGCCCAAUAGAAAGGUUGAAACGAGUUGCUAACUUGCGAUUCAAGGGUUCUGAAUUUGGAAAAUUAAAAUCUGAAAAGUUGUUUGAGGAUAGUCGAAAAUCCACCCGAAAGAGACGAAAUGUGUAUUAUACCAAUGACAGUGACGAUGAAGGUGAAGAAGAGGGAAAUAGUGGCACUUCCGAAUUUGCAUCCAUUGCCCCUAUUCAAUAUUCAGAAUUUUUAAUACACGAGAAAGUAACCCCCCAAGACAAAGAACGAACUUCUAUCAAGAUAAAACUUCUGGGAACAGACGUGUUUGCUGGAUUACACGAGCUUUCAGUCAUGACAGCCGACCCUGAGGAAAUGAUCUUAAAUCCUGAAGAUGUACCGUCGUGGUUAACAGGAGAAGAAGGAGCCAGUGUCGGCCAAAUUAUAGAUUCUAAAUUUUAUAGUAAUAUCAAGUAA